AUGACACCCAGAAUAGCUCAACUCUUUCUUCAUAAAUCACUUCUUCUUCUUAUCAUCCAAAGUGUUGCAUGUUUGAGCAUAGAAAACGACACCAUUUCACGCGGUGUUGUGAUCAAAGAUCCACAAACCAUCGUUUCCCAAAACCAGGUAUACAUACUAGGAUUCUUCACACCUCCAAACACCACCAACCGCUACUUAGCCAUCUUCUUCUCCUUCUCCCAAGAAACUCUCGUAUGGAUCGCCAACAGAGACAAACCCCUCACUGAUUCUUCCAGCUCCGUUACUCUCUCCCGAAAUGGCAAUCUUGUCCUCGUAGAUGGGACUAAUCAAACCGUCUGGUCCACCAAUCUCACCACCACCAUGAACUCGACCGUCCAGCUCCUCGACACUGGCAAUCUCGUCUUGCGGGAAGAUGCCUCUGGAGACGUGUUAUGGGAGUCGUUCUCACAACCAAUGGAAGUUCAGGUCCAGGGAAUGCCAUUAAGCCAGAACGUAAAGACAGGGAAGCAGCUGCUGCUGACGGCGUGGAAAAACGCCACCAACCCCGAGAAAGGGCGCUUCAGCGGGGGCCUCGACGUCACGAGCGGGACCCCACAGCUUUACAUGUGGGAUGAGGGGCGCCCGUGCUUGAGGAGCGGGCCGUGGAACGGCUACAUUUUUCUUGGGAUAAAGACGGUGUUCUACGCCUACAUAGAUGGAUUCAAUCAAGUGAAGAAUGACAGUGACGGGAAUUUCUUCUUUACCCCGCAACUGCAGAAAGAGCAUGUGAUAACAACCGUGAACUAUACAGGAGGUAUGGUGCGAAAGGCGUGGAACGGAAAGAAAUGGGACGUGGUGUUCGCCUCUCCUGAAAAUGAGUGUGAUGUUUACGGGAAGUGUGGGGCGUUUGGUAGCUGCAAUGCUAUCGAAUCACCUAUUUGUAGUUGUUUGAGAGGGUUUGAGCCUGUAAAUGAGGAUGAAUGGGGGAGAGGGAAUUGGACUAAUGGUUGUAGGAGGAAGAGCCGGUUGCAGUGUGGUGACGAUGGAUUUGCGAUGUUGCAGAAUAUGAAGGUUCCGGACUUUGCUAAACCCUUUCCUUCUGGGGUUCAAGACGAGUGUCGGACCAUAUGUUUGAGGAACUGCUCAUGCAUAGCUUAUGCUUAUGAUAGUCACAUUGGUUGUAUGUUUUGGAGUGAUUCCUUGAUUGACACUCAGGAUUUUGGCAGUGUUGGUGUUAGCCUCUACAUUCGUCUCUCUGCGUCUCAAUUUGAUAACCAAAAGGAGAGAAAGGUGUACAUCAUAAUUGGAGUAGCUGUGGGUUUUGUUUGCAUAUCUAUUAUGAUGUUUAUUGCUUGGUGGUUUAUAGUGAAAAGGAGAGGCAGCAAAGCUCCAGAUUCGAUUAUUUUGGAAGCAGGACAGAUGUUCACGACGGAUUCAACUGCAAUUGUACUAAAAAAUGAAACAAAGGAAGUUAAUAUUGGUGAUUUGCCAAAGUUCACCUUCGAGAUGCUUGCUAAUGCAACAAACCAGUUCCAUGAAGAUAAUCUUCUUGGGAGGGGAGGUUUUGGUCCUGUUUACAAGGGAGUUCUGGCAAACGAGAAAGAAAUCGCUGUGAAAAGACUAUCAGCGGAAUCUGGACAAGGGAUGCAAGAAUUCAUGAAUGAAGUGAUUGUGAUAUCCAAACUCCAACACAGGAAUCUAGUCAAGCUGCUGGGAGGUUGUGUUGAGAAAGAAGAGAAGAUUCUGAUAUACGAAUACAUGCCAAACAAAAGCUUGGAUGCUUAUCUAUUUGGUCCUACAAAUCCAACAGAGAAUCUGUUAGAUUGGAAUAUGCGUUCCAGCAUCAUCGAGGGCAUCGGGCGAGGCAUCUUGUACCUUCACAGAGAUUCCAGGCUAAGGAUCAUUCACAGAGACCUCAAGCCAAGUAAUGUUCUGCUAGACCAAAACUGGAAUCCAAAAAUCUCAGAUUUUGGGAUGGCAAGAAUAUUCGGAGGCAAUGAAGACCAUGGCAGUACCGCAAGAGUCGUGGGAACAUACGGAUACAUGGCGCCAGAAUACGGAAUGGAAGGCAGAUUUUCUGAAAAAUCUGAUGUAUACAGCUUUGGAGUGCUGAUAUUGGAGAUUCUAAAAGGAAAAAAGAAUACACACUAUUUCAAUGAUGAAUGUUCAUUGAGCCUUAUAGAAUAUGCGUGGAAAAUGUGGAGUGAGGGCAACGGCUUGAGUUUCGUGGAGGAAAGCAUUGCAAGUAGGGAGACGGAGGAAGAGAUGGUUCGAUGCAUUCAGAUAGGGCUGCUUUGUGUGCAAGACUAUCCCAAGGAUAGACCUUCCAUUGAAAUCGUGCUGUCGAUGCUGAGUCGUGAUAUUGUGGAUCUGCCAGUGCCUAAGCAGCCCGUGUUUGCAGAUAAUGGUUCGACACGAGGCCCAAAUGGAUCAACACAGCAAAAUGUCUACUCCAAUAACGAGCUCACUCUCACUUUUGCCACCCAUCAAAAUCAUAACCUCAUUCAUUCCCGUAGUCGUCAAAUGGCAACCGGAAUCGCUCAGCUCUUGAUUCAUAAUUCGAUUCUUCUUCUUAUAAUCAUCCAAAGUGUUGCAAGUUUGAGCAUAGAAAAAGACACCAUUGUCAUCAAAGAUCCACAAACCAUCACAUCCCAAAAACAGAUAUACAAAUUAGGAUUCUUCACACCUCCAAACACUACCAACCGCUACUUAGGCAUCUUCUUUGCCUUCUCCCAAGAAACUGUGAUAUGGGUCGCCAACAGAAACAAACCACUCAAACAUUCCUCUGGCGCCGUUACUCUAUCCCGAGAUGGAAAUAUCGUGGUAUUGGACGAGACUACUAAUCAAACCGUCUGGUCCACCAAUCUCACUACCACCUUUCCUGUCAUGAACACAACCAUCCAACUCCUCGAAACUGGCAAUCUCGUCUUGCAGAAAGAGGACUCGGGAGAGAUAUUAUGGCAAUCUUUCUCAGAGCCUACGGACGUGAUUGUGCCAGGCAUGACGCUGAGCCAGAACGUUAACACAGGGAAGAUGGUGGCGCUGUCCGCGUGGAAAAAUGCCUCCGAUCCCGAGCUAGGGAGCUUCACCACUGGCCUUGAAGCACAGAGCAUCCCACAGCUUGCCACGUGGAACCAGGGGAGGCCGCACUGGAGGAGCGGGCCAUGGAACGGCCUCAUCUUUCUCGGGAUAAAGGAGAUGUUCUACGCCUACUUGGACGGUUUCACUCAAGUGACGAACGACAGUGCGGGGAACUUCUUCUACUCAAAGCCACAGGAGAAUGUGUACAUAACGGCCAGUGUGAAUUCCACGGGGCAUGUGAUGCGGAACGUGUGGAAUGGCAUGGCGAAGAGAUGGGACGUGGGAUGGACUGCUCCGGAAAAUGAAUGUGAUGUUUAUGGAAAGUGUGGGGAGUUUGGUAGCUGCAAUGUCACGCAAUCUCCUAUUUGCACUUGUUUGAGAGGGUUUGAGCCUGUAAAUGAGGAAGAAUGGGGGAGAGGGAAUUGGACUAAUGGUUGCAGGAGGAGGAACCAGUUGCAAUGUGGAGACGACGGAUUUGAGAGGUUGCAGUAUAUGAAGGUUCCUGACUUUCCUCAACCCUUGCCUUCGAGGGUUCAAGACGAGUGUCGGACCAUAUGUCUGAGGAACUGUUCCUGCAUAGCUUAUGCUUAUGAUGGUAACAUUGGUUGUAUGUUUUGGACUGAUACCUUGAUUGACACUCAGGAGUUUGAUGGUGUUGGUGUUGAUCUCUACGUUCGUCUCUCUGCUUCUGAGUUCGGCAGCCACAAGGGAAGAAAGCUUUACAUCAUAAUACCUGUAACUGUGAGUUUUGUUUGCAUAUCUCUCAUGAUCAUCAUUGUUUGGUGGCUGAUGAUAAAGAGAAGAGGUGACAGAGUGAGAGAUACGAGUAUCGUGGAAGCAGGCCAAAUGUUCAUGACGGAUUCAACUGCAAUCGUACUUAGAAAUGAGUCAAAGGAGGUUAAUAUCGGUGAGUUGCCAAAGUUCACUUUCGAGAUGCUUGUUAAAGCAACAAACCGGUUCCAUGUAACUAAUCUUCUUGGAAGGGGUGGUUUUGGUCCUGUUUACAAGGGAAUACUGGCAAACGGGAAAGAAAUCGCUGUAAAGAGACUAUCAGCAGACUCCGGACAAGGAAUGCAAGAAUUCAUGAAUGAAGUGAUUCUGAUUUCCAAACUCCAACACAGGAAUCUUGUCAAACUGUUGGGAGGUUGUGUUGAGGAAGAAGAGAGGAUUCUGAUUUAUGAAUACAUGCCAAACAAAAGCUUAGAUGCUUGUCUCUUUGGUACUACAAAUCCAGCAAAGAAGUUGUUAGAUUGGAAUAUGCGUUACAACAUUAUCGAAGGCAUUGCUCGAGGCAUCCUGUACCUUCACAGGGACUCAAGACUAAGGAUCAUUCACAGAGACCUUAAGCCAAGUAAUGUUCUGCUAGACAAGGACUGGAAUCCGAAAAUCUCUGAUUUCGGCAUGGCAAGAAUAUUUGGAGGCAAUGAAGACCAUGGAAGUACUGCAAGAGUCGUGGGAACAUACGGAUACAUGGCGCCAGAAUAUGGAAUGGAAGGCAGAUUUUCAGAAAAAUCUGAUGUAUUCAGCUUCGGAGUGCUGAUCCUGGAGAUUAUAAAAGGGAAAAAGAACACACGCUAUUUCAAUGAUGAAUGGUCCUUGAGCCUUAUUGGAUAUGCUUGGAAAAUGUGGAGUGAGGGUAACGGUUUGAGUUUCGUGGAGGAAAGCAUCGCAAGUAGGGAGAACGAGGAAGAGAUGGUUCGAUGCAUUCAGAUUGGACUACUUUGUGUGCAAGAAAAUCCCAAGGAUAGACCUUCCAUUGAAGUCAUUCUGUCGAUGCUGAGUCGUGAUAUCAUGGAGUUGGCAAUGCCGAACCAGCCGGCGUUUUCGGAAAAUGGUUCCACAACAGGCCCUAGUGGAUCAACACACCAAAAUGUCUUCUCCAGUAAUGAGCUCACUCUUAGUGGGCUUGAUGGAAGAUGAAUCUAUUUCUGAUUGUGUUGUUAGUAUUAUUUUAUACGAGCUCAAGUCACAGUCGGCAAAGUUAUUUUGUUUUAAAUGUUUCUAUUGUACACGAAGACAGGUAAUAGUGAAAAGAAAAUGGAAUAGAGAGGCGCAAUAAUUUUAAGAAAUAUAGUGGAAUUAGUUCUGCCUGUA